UUGUCCUGCUCUGGUCUCGGUCCUCCAUCCAUCUGAAGGCGACUUUCUAAUGAAGAAAAACUAACAAAGGGAAAAGUUUGUCUCAUUAGAAGGACUUCAACUGGAAAACUAAAACCAAGCAGCAGUCAGCCAAUGAAAACAGUAGCAGUCCUUGGAGGAGGCAUCGGGGGUUUGGCCGCAUCGUUUUACCUGUGCAAGAACCCCCAGGUUACCAAGGUAAUCGUUUUGGAGUCCAGCAGUCGUUUUGGCGGCUGGCUCUGGUCGCUGAGGCGGUCCGAUGGAGCGGUCUUUGAACUGGGACCGAGGGGGAUCCGACCCGCCGGAGCAGUGGGACACAACACACUCAAUAUGGUGGAAGCUCUGGGUCUGGAUGGAGAAAUUCUUCCAGUUUCCUACAGCCAUGAUGCCUCUAAGAACCGGUUCCUGUACAUCAAUGGACAGCUUCACAGGCUGCCCUCUGAGAUGAGGACAAUUUUUCAAACAGUCCCUCCGUUCUCCCGUCCACUGGCGUUCAGUUUAAUGAAGGAGUUCCUGGUAAAAAAAGGAAAAGAAGCAGACGAGUCCAUCCAUUCAUUCGUCUCUAGGAGGCUUGGAAAGGAGGUGGCGGACAUAGCCAUUGACAGCAUGUGUCGGGGUGUGUUUGCGGGUGACUGUAAGAAGCUGAGCGUGCGCUCCUGCUUCCCUGCCCUCUACAACGCUGAGCAGCAGAGAGGUUCCCUGACCCUGGGCAUGCUGCUGAGCUCAGGGUCGGCUCCUGUGAUCCCUCCUGGUAAUUUGGCCCAGAGAGCGAAGAAGGAGUCCUGGGCUCAGUGGUCUCUAAGGAGGGGAGUAGAAACCUUCCCAGAAGCGAUCACUGAGUAUCUCCAACAAAGCGGCAGAGUGGAGCUUCACAAGAAUGCAGCUGUGAAACAAAUGAUCCCCACAACAUCUGGAUGGAAGGUCAAAACAGAAGAUGGAGAGAUCUCAGCUGAUCACGUCAUCUCUGCUCUACCAGCCAAAGCCCUUUCCUGCGUCCUCCCCCCGUCCUGCCGGAGUCUUACCCAGCAGCUGCAGGACAUCUCAGCAGUGACGGUGGCUGUGGUCAGUCUGGAGUAUGACGGCUCCAUCCUGCCUGUAACGGGUUUCGGACACCUUAUUCCUUCAUGGGAAGACCCGGGUCUGCUUGGAAUAGUCUACGAUUCUGUGCCUUUCCCUCAGCACAACAGACCCAAUGGACAGUCAACUAGACUGACGGUCAUGAUGGGGGGCGCCUGGUUCCAGAAUGUGUUUGGGGAUCCAGAGGAAGUAACAACAGAGGUCUUUCUAACACGCGCCACCGAGGCGGUUCGCUGCCACCUGGGAGUCAGUGGCGCCCCCCGGUGGAGUAAUGUGGUGCUUCACACGGAUUGCAUACCUCAGUAUUACCUCGGCCACUUUCAGAGAAUAGAUUCCAUGCGUGGCUUCAUUAGGACCAAUAAUCUGCCGCUGUCUCUGGUUGGCUCAGCAUACGAUGGCGUUUCUGUGAACGAUGUCGUCUUCAGCGGACGGACCGCUGUAGCAGAGUUGAUGGGAGGUUCAGCUGAAGCAACAUGAGCAAUUGAUCAUAUUCUCAUCUGGAAAUGCAAACCUGGUUUAUUUUUAUUUUCUGAGUAUAACAUUCAACAAUAAAUAUGUUUCCCUUUGCUGUUGGAAAUUGUAGUUUUGUGUUUAUAAUAAAGUAUUGAC